AUGCAAAUUCUCCAAGUAGUACCCCUCAAACCCAACAGCCUCAUGCUCUUCACGCUACUCUCAUGCCUCCUAUGCAUCACAUCCCUUUACAUCAUCUUCCCAAACCCCACCCUAACAACCACGCGCCCCUCGCACGCCGAAUCCCCAUCGCCACCUCCCGAAACCUCCCUCGACCACCUCGUCUUCGGCAUUGCCUCCAACGACAAGUCUUGGCCCAACCGCAAAAGCUACGUCCGUCUCUGGUGGCGGCCCCACCUCACGAGAGGCUGCGCUUUUCUCGAGACAAACGCCACCUCAACCGACCACUCGAACGAGCUCCCUCCCGUGUGCGUCUCGGGAGACACUUCCCGUUUUCGGUACACUUUCCGAAACGGGCUCCGAUCGGCCGUGCGCGUGGCCCGAAUCGUGGCCGAGACCGUCGCCCUAAACCACCCGAACGUGCGGUGGUUCGUGUUCGGGGACGACGACACGGUGUUUUUUCCCGAGAAUUUGGCGAGGACUCUGUCGAAGUACAAUCACGAGUUGUGGUACUAUGUGGGGUCGAAUUCCGAGAGCUUCACGCAAAACAAGGCUUUCUCCUUCGAGAUGGCCUUUGGAGGGGCGGGUUUCGCGUUAAGCUACCCGCUUGCGAAGGUGUUGGCUAAGGUUUUCGACUCGUGUUUGGAAAGGUACCCGCACUUGUAUGGUAGCGACGGCCGGGUGCAGGCUUGUGUGGCCGAGUUGGGGCCUAUUUUCCCAAACACGACCCAUCUCCGAGCCUUGGAACACUUAUUCCGGGCCGUGAAAGUCGACUCACAGAGGGUCGUUCAGCAAACGGUAUGCUACGACCGUUGGUUCUCGUGGACUAUUUCCGUCUCGUGGGGCUACGCGGUUCAGAUUUUCCCGCGCCACGUGUCGUUGCCAGAUGCCCUCCGGACCCAGGAAACGUACGUUCCCUGGAGAAGAGGAGGCUUAAACCACUUGUACAAUGUGGACACGUUGGGGUACCACACGGAUCCGUGUCGAAGGCCGGUAGUUUUUUACAUGCACAACGUGUCGUCGUCUCGCGAAGAUGGAGCGAUAACGAGUGUUUAUAGAAUGGUGGGUUCUGAGAAUUGCACGGUCGACCGGGCCUCGCCAAGAAAGCUCGAGGAGCUUCAAGCUCCGCGAAGACAUUGUUGCGAUGUUCUGCGUUCUAAAACUGAGACCGUGUUGGAAAUUGCCAUCCGAGAAUGUGGUGAUGAAGAGUUGAUAUAUAUGCAUUGAUGUAGUUGUAUGUGUAUUUAUACUCUAGUUAAUUUUCGGAGAGUAGUUUCUGAAAGAAUCUGCUUCGUUCGGCUCAAAAUAUGGUUCAAAUCGGCUGGUAACUAGUGGUUCUUGAAGAGAGUUUAGGCUUAUCACUAGAGAUGGACUUGGUUGGUUCACCUACGGACUACAUUGUUGUCAUAUGUAGGUAGAUUAUGAGUACCAUUAUUAUUAUUUUCUUUCCCAUUCGUUAAAUAUAUA